AUGCAAAGAAGCGAAGAUCUUUGCGUGUACAAAAGCAAUGGAAGGGGAGGAAUAGCUCUUUAUGGAUUACNUCUUGAUCCUAAUCAAGUGGAUUACAUAAAUGCACAUGCUACAUCUACUCCUUUGGGUGAUGCCGUGGAAGCCAAAGCAAUUCAAUCUUUAUUUUCAAGUCACGCAGUAUCGGGUGCUUUGGCCUUGUCCUCCACUAAGGGUGCUGUCGGACAUCUUCUUGGAGCAGCUGGAGCUGUUGAAGCAAUCUUUUCUAUAUUAGCCAUACACCAUUCUUCGUCUUCUCUGGCGUGGAAGAACCCCUUCUUUGGCAGCGUUUCUUCAUCUUCUUCUGGCAACGCUUCUUCUUCUUCUUCUUCUUCCCUAUCAUUUCUGGCUCUGCAAGACUGCAACAAUGGAGGAACCUGA